ACCACCUUUGAGUAUCAAAACAAUCAGUCUGUUCUUCGUCCCCCUUUCGCCGUGUUCGUGUCUGUAGUCUUUGCAAGCCGCAUGCAAUGAUCGCCGCCAUGGAUGCUAUUAUCCCUACUCCAUACGCUGGGUCAACACAGAAACCAGCGCAUACCGCACGCUCACUCGGGGUCAGAUGACCCUCACGAGUGCCACAUGAUGCCGUGCAGGCGUUACCGACAUUCGCGACAUCAAGCUACUCUUCGUGUGCCGAGAUUUUGCACUGUACGCCGGGCCCCUAAUCUUCGGACUUGGCGCGCAAGCCUUCCACACAUCGCGCGGACGGCGGCAGACUCUUCGUCCAUCGCUUGCGUACAAUUCUCUAGGAGAUGCCAGGCAUGACAGGCUUAAUAUGCACAACAGCUGUCGAUGUGUCCGUCGUAGUGCGCCAACCUAUCGAAGGGUUAUCUCACCGCUUCAUCAGUCUGUGCUAUUCGAACAGUCCAUCUGGAAGAAAGGUCCAGCCAGAUUUACCUUAUCUUGAUGGUCAAGGCCAGGUCUGUAGUUUCGCUUCACUCACAUUGAUUGCGAGGUCUGCGGAACAGAAACGCAAUCACCGAGUCGAUGCCAAUGGACGCCGGAACAACAGACUACAGCGUGCCCGUAGAAGAGUACCCGAGGCUGGUCGCAUCCGUAAUUGUGACACUCGCGGAUCUCUAGAGCUGAACGAAGCUCAUUUUGCUGUCGCGAAGUCGAAUCUAUCCGCGACUGCGUGGCGCGACGGCUUCGCGAAACGGAACCUGAUAUUAUCGCCCUUGAAGUGACUGGCCGUUAUCCUACAGUAAUGAGCCACCAAAGUCUGCUAUGGUCGAGCCAUCUUGUUUGCAGGCCAUUGGCCGGUAAGCUGUGAGCUUAUUGUCCGAGCGGAAUAGUGAAUUUUGUUCGCUUCCGCUAGGGAUUUUUACUCUCUCGAUUUCACUCCUCGCCUUUGAUCGCACUGACAUGGGAGUUCACCAACCUGCUGAAGG